AUGUCUGCCGAAUACGAGGGUGCCAUUGGUAUCGAUUUGGGUACAACCUACUCCUGCGUUGGUGUUUGGGAAUCCGAGCGUGUUGAAAUCAUUGCCAACGAACAGGGUAACCGCACCACCCCUUCGUACGUUGCUUUCUCUGAGACCGAACGCUUGGUCGGUGAUGCCGCCAAGAACCAGGCUGCCAUGAACCCCAAGAACACCGUCUUCGAUGCCAAGCGUCUCAUCGGCCGUCGUUUCGACGACCAGGAGGUCAAGGCCGAUAUGGUCAACUGGCCCUUCACCCUUAUCGACGAUGGCAACGGCAACCCCAAGAUCCAGGUCGACUCUGAGGGUGAGACCAAGAGCUUCACUCCCCAAGAAAUCUCGUCCAUGGUCUUGAUCAAGAUGAAGGAAAUCGCUGAAGCUAAGCUCGGCAAGAAGGUCUCCAAGGCCGUCGUCACUGUCCCUGCCUACUUCAACGACUCGCAGCGUCAGGCCACCAAGGAUGCCGGUACCAUUGCUGGUUUGGAGGUCCUCCGUAUCAUCAACGAGCCCACCGCUGCUGCCAUUGCCUACGGUUUGGAUGCCAACGACAAGAAGGAAAAGAACGUCCUGAUCUUCGAUUUGGGUGGCGGUACCUUCGAUGUCUCGCUCUUGACCAUCUCCGGUGGUGUCUUUGCCGUCAAGGCCACCGCUGGUAACACUCACUUGGGUGGUGAAGAUUUCGACAACACCCUCGUCAACCACUUUGUCCAGGAAAUCAAGCGUAAGCACAAGAAGGACAUCUCUGGCGAUGCCCGUGCCCUCCGUCGUCUCCGCUCGGCCUCCGAGCGUGCUAAGCGCACCUUGUCUUCGUUGACCCAGACCACCGUCGAAGUCGACUCGUUGUUCGAGGGCGUUGACUUCCAGUCCAACAUCACCCGUGCCAAGUUUGAGGAAAUCAACUCGACCCACUUCCAGAACACCGUCGAGCCCGUCGAGCGCGUCUUGAAGGAUGCCAAGAUCGACAAGAAGGCCAUUGACGAGGUCGUCCUUGUCGGUGGUUCCACCCGUAUCCCCAAGAUCCAGUCGCUCUUGACCGAUCUCUUCGAUGGCAAGGAGUUGAACAAGUCCAUCAACCCCGAUGAGGCUGUCGCCUACGGUGCUGCUGUCCAGGCCGCCGUCUUGACCAACCAGGCCGGUAACGAAAAGACCCAGGACUUGUUGUUGUUGGACGUUGUCCCCUUGUCCCUUGGUGUUGAGAUGCAGGGCGGUAUCAUGGCCGUUGUUGUCCCCCGCAACACCCCCAUCCCUUGCCAGAAGUCCAAGGUCUUCACCACCUCCGGUGACAACCAGACCACCGUCACCUUCCCCGUCUACGAAGGUGAGCGUUUGAUGACCAAGGAAAACAACAUGCUCGGUGAGUUCUCUUUGAACGGCCUUGUCCCCGCUCCCCGCGGUACCCCCGAAUUGCUCUGCACCUUCGACUUGGAUGCCAACGGUAUCUUAAAGGUCACUGCUCAGGACAAGACCACCGGUCGCAAGGCUGAUGUCACCAUCUCCAACUCGACCCGUCUCUCCGCUGCUGACAUCGACCGCAUGGUUGAGGAUGCUGCUAAGAACGCCGAGUCCGACAAGCAGCGUGAAGCCGUCGUCCAGGCUAAGCAAGACUUGGAGUCCUACGUCUACCAGGUCGAGAACAACAUCUCGGAUCCCAACGUCAGCAUGAAGUUGCGUCGUGGUGACCGUGAGUCCAUCGAAACCGCCUUGGCCGAAGCCAUGGAAUUCAUGGACAUCUCUGCCGAGGAAGCCUCCGCCGAUGACAUCAAGGGCGCUCAGACCAAGCUCAAGCGCGCUGCCACCCGUGCUUUCGCCCACGUCUACUCCACCCGCCGUUAA